AUGGUCUCUCAUUUCUGCUGGGGCUGCCUCUCGGGGCUCCGUCAGACGGCGCCCCGGGCUCUGCUGCCUCGUCCGCCGUCCGCUCUGCCGGCCGCAACGGCGGCCUUCCACACGUCCGCGGCCCGAUAUGCGAAUCCGCUGAAGAAGAAGUCGAACAGCGUGGAGCCUCCCAAAUAUCGGCAGGCCAAGUCUGCCCGCAUGAAGAAGAAGAAGGUCAUCGAGAAACCCAAGCCUCCGGCGCCCGGCGAGCGCAAGGCCCUCCGCAAACGCAUCGUCCUCAGCAACACCAACGCCCUCGAGGUGCCGGGGAUGCAGGACCUGUCGGUCGAGACGAUGAUCGAUUCUCGACUCCGCGGCUCGGUCGUGGGACUGCCUGUGCCGAUGCUCGAUCAAUUGCGGGCGGUGCAGGCGUUCAAGCCCACCCAAGGCUGGUACAUAUUCCGCCGGCCGGGGACCGUCUUGCGGCGGGAGACGUUGGAGAUGGGCCGGUUGUUUGAGAGGAUCAGCGAUGGGCCGGAGAAGGGCAAGGUGGUCAAGAGGAUCGUUACUGGGAUGAGAGGAACAGGGAAGAGCGUCCAUCUGCUGCAAGCUAUGGCGAUGGCCUUUUUGAAGAAAUGGGUCGUCUUUACCGUGCCGGAAGCCCAGGAUCUGGUGAUCUCCCACACUGCUUAUGCUCCGCUCCCUGGUACGAACCCGAUCCAGUACGUGCAGAAAGAUGCGACGUCUGCUUUGCUGCAACGCACGGCUCUUGCCAAUAAGGACGUUCUUUCGGAGCUCCGCAUCUGCCAGGAACACCCGGAGUUGGCCUCGUUUGUCCGUCCGAACAUGAAUCUCGAGGAGCUGGCUCGACUGGGUGUUCAAGACGCCUCCAUUGCGUGGCCGGUGUUCCAGGCCCUGUGGUCCGAACUGACAGCCACUGAACCUAAGGUGAACGAGAAGAAAUUCAAGCCGCGACCGCCGAUCCUGGUCACGGUGGACGGCCUGGCCCACUGGAUGAAGGAUUCCAAGUACCGCAGCGCCGAGUUCGAGCCGAUCCACGCGCACGAUCUCGUUUCGUGA